GAGUGAGUCAUCAGUCCACCACACAGGAUCUUUGGCAGCGGUACGACGACGAGACGCCGUUUCCACGGAUUUAGCCGACUUUUCUCGAAGUGCUUCGCCGCCGGUUGGAGCUGCUCCCCUUCUUAAACAGGCGGCUUCUCUGCAGUUUCCCACGCGGUCUUUGUCCGCCAGGCGACGCGUUUCUUUUUCGGGUGACGUCGCGCACAUUUAUUUCGGGUCGUGUCGUAAUGCCGGCGCUCCGAAACUUGGACUGACUCGGCCGCACUGAACCAGGGAGCGGUGACGGCUGGACUGAGGAGCUGGGGAGUCCAGCGAGCAUCCCCCUCUCCCCUCCUCCCUCCCGGAGCAUCACAUGUCCAAGCGGCGGAGCUUCAACGACAUCAGCGCAGCGCCCGUUGCCUGAACGGAAGGAAGGACACCAGAAACCGAAGCCCUUCUUCUCCGGGACAGAAAUGUCCGCUCUGUCGUUAGAAAACGCAGGCUGGCACCGAGGCGCCGCCGAGAGACGGUGGACGCGGUGAAGCUCUGGUCUCAACCCGCAGUGUCAUGGGUGUUUGGAAGAAACAGCUGGCUCCUCCUGGCUCUCCUGUAACAGCCUUUUGAGAAACGAGCUCCGCCUCCCUUUCUGCCUGAGGACCUCUGACCUCAACAACAAAUGAUGACCUCCCCUGACUCGCCUCCCCUCAUCUCCCCCUCCCCGUGUCCGGCGCCUCCCCCGUCCCUCCCCUCGUCCCCGGCUCCCUCCUCGCCGGCCCCGUCCUCCUCCUCCAUCCCGGCCCCGCCCUCGCUGCCUCCCACGGGCGAGGUGAUGGUGCUGGCUCUGGGCAGGAAGAAGCAGCGCGUGCUGAUCGCGCUCUCCAUCCUCCCCAACCUCUUCCUGGCCUUCCUGCUCUCCUCCGACCCCCUCAUCACGCUCUCGCCGCCGCACCACUGCCGCCUGCCGGGCCCGUCGCCCUCGCCGGAGGUGCUGAACGCCUCCCUGCCCUGGGAGAAGGGGCCGCGGCCCGGGGAGACCGGGAGCCCGUCCCAGUGUAAGCAGUACGCCAACGGCAGCCAGUCGGCCGUGGUGGACUGCGAGUCCGGGUGGGACUACAACGUGACGGAGGGGCUGAAGAACAACAUCGUCACCGAGUGGGAUCUGGUGUGUGCCCAGUACUGGCUGGUUCCGGUGGAGGAGGUGUGCUUCAUCCUGGGCGUUCUGACUGGAUGCCUCAGCCUGGGCUACACAGCUGACAGGCUGGGCAGGUCCAAGACCCUGCUGAUCUCUCUGACUCUGUCGGUGGUGUUUGGGGUGCUGGUGUGUGUCUCUCCGUACCCUUCCAUCUUCAUCAUCAUGCGCUUCUGCCUGGCUGCUGCCAGCGCAGGGGUCUACCUAACCCUGUACAUCGCCCGUCUGGAGCUGUGCGAGCCGUCGCUCAGGCUUGUGGCGGCCAUGCUGGCUGGGUUCAUGACCGUGGCAGGGGAGCUGCUGCUGCUGGCCGUGGCCCUCGGCUGCCAGUCCUGGAGGGGCCUGCUGGGAGCCGGGGCGGCCCCUUUGACACUCUUUCUCAGCUACGGCGUUCCCGGUGUGUUUCCAGAGUCCCCACGCUGGCUCCUCCUGUCGGAGCGAUCCGCGGACAUGAACGCGUUCAGCGAGAGGAGGAACUCCAACAGAGACUUGAGGGAUGACGAGAGCUUCACAGAGCUGGACUCGGAGCCGGCGCCCUCCUCCCGCCCCCACCUGUCCUUCCCCGAGCUUUUCCACAGCAAGAACAUCUGGAAGAAUAUCUGCGUCCUCGGCUUCACGUCAUUCAUCUCUCACGGCAUCAGUCACUGUUACAGCUCGUUCCGUGGCGACGUCAGAGGCACCGCCCCCAGCUUCUACUGGACGUACUUGUUGUCCGUGAGCGCGGGGGGCGGAGCCUGGGUGCUGCUCUGGGCGACGGUGGACAGGUGCGGUCGCCGUGGCAUCCUUCUCCUGUUCAUGACGACGACGGGUCUGGCCUCGUUGAUCCUCCUGGGACUCAUGGAGUAUCUCAGUGAGACGGCCAUCACGGUUUUCUCAGUGUUGGGUCUUUUCUCCUCCCAAGCCACUGCAUCGCUCUGCAUCCUCUUCACCGCAGAGAUCAUGCCCACCAUCAUCAGGGGAACCGGUGUGGGCGUGGUGCUCGCCCUGGGCUGCGUGGGCCGCCUCAGCUCCCCGAUCAUGGACCUGCGGAACCACUACGGCUACUUCCUGCACCACGUCAUCUACUCGUCCCUGGCGCUCCUGGCCGUGCUCUCCAUCCUGCUGCUUCCCGAGAGCAAGAGGAAGCCGCUGCCUCAGACGCUGGGCGAGGGGGAGCAGUACAGGCGCCCCCCACUGGGCCGGAGGAGGAGGGACAACGUGCCGCUGCUGGCCACCCCAAACCCAGAGACCUAAAAGAACGCCGCCGCAGCGGCGCCACGCAAACAGAUCCCCGUCUUUCGUGUUUGUUCACAGGAGGGGAGAGAGAGAGACGUAGCAAUAUGGAGACAAACAGGAGGACGAAUGGAGAUGAAAAGGGCUGUAACGGACUUUAUGCUUCCUAACAUAUCACACUCUUUGUCAUUCCAGACGCAGACAGACUGCUUGAGCUGCCUCCGACUUCACGUCUCUGUUUUUUUUUUUUUUCUCGAACAUUUAGAUUCACUUCUGAACAUUAACAACAUCCAGGAAGCUCUUCACUUUCUGUCAUGAGACACACCAGCAUUCAGCUCCAGCUCUGUGUCUGUGGUAGAGACUGCAUCCUCCGGCUGCAGGUGGCAGUCAUUUGUUACUGUUCCUAUUUUUUUAUGUAUUUGCUGUGAGUGAGAAGGCGAAAAGCAUUCAGAAGUGUAGAAAAAUCCAGGUUAUUGUUUUGUUUUUUUAAAUAUAUAUAUAACUUGCGGAUCAACUCUCCAAUAUGGCACUGGAGCCUGACGGGGAACAGCAACUGUAACAGGAAAAACACACAAAAAAAGCGUCGUAAAUACUUUUCGGUUUUAGUUUCUCUGGGGCAUCUGAGUUUUGUUUUAAUGCCAGACUCAGUGGCUGGAGCAAUCCAGUAUGCCAUGCAGCGGCGCGAAAAAGAGCACUUUGAAUAUUCUGCUUUGUGACAUUAACGAGUUAAUCCGACCAAAGUCUCUCAAGUUUCGGGGGACAGGCCUGUGGACAUGAAUCACAUAUUCUGACCAGAAACGUCUCGGUAAAGACGGCAGCAAAAUCUGGCCUGGAGCUAGAAAUAUUUAUACUAUUUAUGUCAUUGUUAAGUUUAAUCAAUAAUUUAUCCUGACACUUUGAAUCUUAAUUAUGAAGCUGAAUUGGAUCCAUGUAAGCCUUCCAUUUGUCAUAAAACUUUCCUGUCUGCAUGUUUGAAAUCACAGAAGGGCUCGUUUUCUCUGCGUUUCCUCCGACUCUUUACCUCCAGAUCAGCAUCAGCAUCAGCUGACGGUGUCGGCUGUCAGCUGACGCUGGACAGAUACAAACAUGUUUAUAUGCAUAUGGAUAUUGGUCUUUAAUGGAACGAGAGGAGACAGAAAAUGUGUCUUUUUGGAAAGAAAAGGGCCCAAUGAGCGUGCUCCGUGUCGGGGAGCUGAAGAGGGCCCCUGAGCUCCAAAUGAACCCCUCAAUUAUUCCCUGUUGCACUCUAGGUUUGGAAAAGUCUGGAAUUCGAUUUGAUUAUUUUCCAGGUCAGGAUAAUUAUCAAAAAAGGAAAUAAGGAGAUGUUAAAAAAAAUCUAUCUUCAGAUUUAACUCGCUUUUUUCUUGUUUUCUCCUUUCCUUUGUCCUCAUCUGCUUUCUCUUUUCCUAGCUUGUUUUUACUUCCUUCCUUGUGCUCUCCCCUCAUUUCUUCUUUCCUUCACUUAAUCUUUUUCUACCUCUCUUCCUUCGUUACGUCCUUCCUUAUUUUCUUUGCUACAAACCUUCGGUCUAGCCUUCCUUCUUUCCUGUUUCUGGUUUUUGCAUAAAGCUUAUAGAUUCAUUAUAAACCACUGUAAAGGUUUCUGCCAUGAACACAGUGACUUUUAUAUUUUUAAAAUGGUGUUAAAUUCUGACGACUUUGUAAGUUUGAGACAGGAAAAGUAUGAUGUUUCGUUUAAUCUGUGGGAAAGCUAUAUCACUGGCAGGAUGAUCAAAGCAGGUAAAUCUGUUUUGCAGAUUAUGCUGCUGUGAACAGACUGAUUAUCUCUUUUUUAUGUGCACCAUUGAAGGAUGAGGAAAUGGGGGCAGGAGUUUAAUUUGAACUGUUGAAGUUGAAGAAAACGCAAGUUUGUUGAUGACUUAUUUUUAAUUUCUCUGUAUGUUUCACUCAACAAGUCUAACACUUAUACUCUAGUUCUUAUCAUUAAUUAACCUGGCUUGAAUAUAAUUAUGUCUGACAACACUGGCUGAUCUGUUCAAUGACGAGUGUGAUGCAGUUAAUUCUGAUUUUAUGUGAAUUAAAUCUGGUUUAAAAACAA